AUGGCAGCAUCCGCGUCUACGUCUGCGGCUGCGUCUACUUCCGCCAAGGAUCCUUCCUCCUUCGGCGCGCUGCUGCUGCCAGGGCAACCAGUACCAGCAAGCGGCUCCAGUGGCGCCGGAACGUACCGUCGUAGCUCAUACCUGCUCUCCUCCGUCGUGGGCCGGGCUCGCAGCCAGACUUCUGGAGGUGUGCAAGGUCACACGUCCGGCUUCAUCAUUCCUUCGCCAGGUUCCGUAGUUCUGGGUCGCAUCACAAGGAUAACUCCCAGACAAGCAAGCGUCAGUGUACUCGUGGUUGAUGGUCAGCCAGUAUCUGCUGGAGCUAGCAACGGGGGCGCAUUGUCUGCCGGCGAUGCCAACAGAGCUGCGGGCGAGGACCCCGGAGGAGCCGACUUCACCGGUGUCAUCAGACAGCAAGAUGUUAGAGCGACCGAGAAGGACAAGGUGAAGCUAGCAGAAUGUUUCAGGCCAGGUGACAUUGUUCGAGCCCAAGUCAUCUCUUUGGGCGAUGCCAGGUCUUACUACCUCUCAACGGCCUCGAACAAUCUCGGCGUCAUCUACGCUCUACCUGCCGUGCCUUAUUCAGAGGACGUUGAUGACGAAGUAGACAUGCUUGUGACAUCUCAUCGAGGCACCGUCCCCCCACUAGAACCAGUGAGCUGGAUCGAGAUGAGAGAUCCACGCACGGGUGUCAUCGAGAAGCGUAAGGUCGCCAAGCCGGAAGGCGUCUGA